AUGUAUAUUGGGUGAGUGCAUGGCCUUUGCUGAGGUACGUGUAGAUCCCCUCAAGAUUUUAUUUUACGACACCGCUGUUGUAUGUAUAUAAAAUUUAAGGUGUUAAAUUUAGUGAUGGUGUUCUGCAACGGGCCAUGGAUAUGAUGAAAACGGAAUAUGAGUUCCUAGACUUAUCAGAUGUGAAAGAAGCGGAGCUGAGUAGCCUGCAGUGCGCGUUGUACGACCGCAAAACUGAAGCAGCGGCGGCCACAGGCAUCUUCGGUCGGGCCGAAUCUGCCAUAGAUACCUCAUCGUGUUCUUCUAGUACCGCGGGACCACCGACCGUGUCGAGCAGUCUGGAUAGCCUAUCGGGAGGGGAGUGCGACAUGGCGCCGCACUCGCCAGUGAGGGGCGCGGGUGCAGGCCCCCCGCAUGCGCCUCCACCCCCUUAUGUGGCCCCGCCGCCUGCUUACCCGCCCCCGCAUCCCCAUCAGUGGCCUGUUGCCCCUCCUAAUGUAUACGUCAGUCAAGUGACCGCUAACGUGAACGUGCACGGUUACAUGGGCCAGUAUUAUCAACCCCAACCCCAAUAUGUCCCACCACAAGUAGAUCGUCCUCGUACUCAUCGCAGGGACCGACGCGGCAAACGCGCUCCAUCCCCGCCUCCACCGCAGCCGCCGCCGUAUUAUGUCCAAUAUCCACAAUAUUAUCCUGCAGCACAGGCACAAGGUGCGCCGUUAUACCAUCUACCUAUGUACCAGCCACUGGUUUACGGUCCGUAUGCGUACCCGCCUUAUUAUCCAGAAUAUCCGAUGCCCGUCGAAGGCGAUGCAGGUGAGAAAGGCCCGGAAGAAUAUCCCCAGGAAGUUGUGAUGGAACAGGAAGCGGUGGAUGCUUAUUACGCUAGUGCCCAUUACGCGGGCCCGCCUUAUGGACCUCCUGUCGAAGGUGGUGUCGAAUACAUGCCGCCGAUUUACCUCCCUCCCCCGCAACAUCCGCCGCCAGUGCCGAUUCCGCAACACCCUCAGCCGCCACAUCAAUCGACACCUCAUCAGUUCAAUGUGCACGCGAAGAACUUCGUUCAGGGUCAGAGCCAAAAUAAAAAUUAUACUCCGCCGGAAAAGACUCAAGAACAGAAAACUCCUCCGGUAACAGCUACUGCAACUGCAACUACGUUUACUGCUGCUGCUGUGGAAUCUCUUCCCGUCAAAGAUCUCAAAAUAUCGACCAAAGGGCCCAGCAGUCCUAAACAAUCUGAUCGACCUGCUGAAAAUUCUCAGACAAAACCGGCGACUUCUCCUAGUGAAAAGGUGACUCCAGCUGUUAAAACUGAUGUCUCGAAACAGGGAUGGGUCCCUAAUGAAGUUAAAUCGUCUGAGACUGCUAGCAAUCAAUCUUCAGCAGUUGCAAAGUCUUUCCCUCCGACAACACCUGCUAAUAAUAAUCAGUCGUCCGCAGCUCCUAAAGUGGCUCCACCUACUGGAAAACCCACGAAGGGUCCAGCCGCUCCCUUCUCUGGUGGCAAACAAGCACCAAAAUCGUCUGUACCUCAAACAAUUGUUCCAGUGCAACAAGCAGCAUCUACACCUAAAGCGCCAUUCGGGAAUAGGCAAAAACGAGAUGGUCCCACCAACCGCUCACCGUCUAACGAAAACGUAGAUAGCGGUUCAGAACGAUCGGCUCCUGUUGAACAUGUGAAGAGGGAGCCUCUCCUUCCUCCCAGCAAAGCACCGAUGCCGAUUUCUAUAACUUUGCACACACAAGGGCAGCCCUUUAUAGUGACAAACAAAUCACCAUUCGGACAUUCGAGGAAGGCAGCCGCAGCAGCUCCUGAACCUCCACCGGCGCCACAACCGCCGCCGCCAGCUCCUACAGCUUCAGACUUCCCUCCUCCCCCGACUCCAAGAAUUCGAGGGGAGCCAGUACCGCCUCCGGUGAUCCAGCCGCAGCCUCAACCGGCUCCCGGAAAAUCUUGGGCGAGCUUAUUUUCGUCUAAAACUUCAAUCGCCGCUCCAGCUCCAGCACAAACUACAACUGUGACUACAGAAGAACCUUCAAGCCCUACGACAUCGACGCCGCCAGCGGCUACCAAUGUUCAGAAGCCUGUAGCGAAGGUAUCACCUUAUGAUGCGUCGCCUCUACAGGCAGCCGUUGUUGAUAAGAGCUCGCCUACGCCUCGACCGGCGACUACUGUGGCGCCCACAGUGUCAUACUCUGAGAAGACAUCUGUAAAUGCUGUAAGCAACGUGACAGCGCCAGCAGCAGCGGCUAAGCCGACACCUUCACAAUCCGCUUCUGAAAUCCGUGAGGUGCCAAUACAGAAAGAUCCUGCUUCUGCUCUCUCCGCGCAGCCAUCACCAUUCAGUGAUGACCCCAAUUCAUAUCGAAUGGGAGAGUUCCUGUCCAAAUAUCAACUGGAUAAUAGGCCGGUGUCCCUCUUACCGCGGGGACUAACAAAUCGUUCCAACUAUUGUUACGUGAACGCAAUUCUCCAGGCGUUGAUCGCUUGCCCGCCCUUCUACAACAUGCUCAAAGCAUUGCCGUAUCAAACACGCCGUGGAAAAUCAAGCACGCCAGUAAUUGACUCUAUGGUUGAGCUCUGUUACGAGUUCAGCGCGGCGACAGGUACAGUUCCUGCAGGCAGGGCCCGGGGCCGUGGAGAGGGUGCGGUUAGCGGGGGCCCCGCAGUCCCCGCAGGCCCUCCGCUCGAAGGGGGUGCCGGACUCCGCGUGCUGAGAGCGCUCCGCCCCUUCCCUGGCUCUCAAGAGGGCAGACAAGAGGAUGCUGAAGAGUUUUUGGGUUGUCUGCUGAAUUCCCUCAAUGAUGAGAUGCUGGAGCUAAUGAAACUCGUGGAACCAGAAGAAUCCAAAGACAGCAACGGUCAACAAAAUGGCGUCAUUCCUCAAGAGCAGGUUCAAGAGGAGGAUGACGAUGAUGAUGAAUGGAAGGUGAUGGGCCCACGCAACCGUGGUGCGGUGGAACGUAGAUGGGCGGCGCGUCGUACGCCCGUGGGUGAUAUAUUUAGGGGCAGAACUCGCGUGCGACUCACUCGCGCCCCUCACCAUGACGUCACCGACGCUGUGCAGCCAUUCUUCACGCUCCAACUGGAUAUAGAGCGCGCAACUAGCGUGAAAGACGCUUUAGAGCUCUUAGCUAAUAAGGACACGCUGGAAGGAGUGUCUGACGCGUGGCAACAAUUAUCUUUGGAACAAUUGCCAGUUGUUCUUCUGCUGCACCUGAAGUGUUUCCAGUUAGAUUCUGAGGGGCAUACGGCUAAGAUAGUCAAGAACAUUGAUUAUCCUAUUGAUCUCAAAAUUGAUCCAAAAAUAAUGUCGUCCAAACUGAAGUAUACGUCAAAGCAGCGGGUAUACAAAUUAUUCGCUGUUGUUUACCAUGAGGGCGUGGAAGCUGUCAAAGGGCACUACCUCACUGACACUUAUCACGGGCAAGUGGGAUGGAUUCGAUAUGACGAUUCAACGGUGACUCAAGUGAGCGAUGCCCAAGUGUUAAAACCGAAGCCACCACGAAUGCCCUAUUUACUCAUGUAUAGGAGACACGACACGUUACCACCACAUCGUGCAGCCAGUAAAUCCGACACUAUGUAGUGUCAAUGAACCAUACAAACUUGGAAAGUGUUGAAUCGGUGCUUGUGACAGAAUGUGGUUUAAAAUUGUACAUAAAUGUAAUUGACGCUUAGUGUGUAGUAAAAUAAAAAGUAUUGAGUGAGAAAGGAAGUAAGGAUUGUGCAGUGUGAUUAUAAGUGUAUAUUUAAGUAUUUUAAAGGAUUAAUAUUGGUGGUUUAUAUUUGAUUCUAUACUUGUUUUGUGUCUACGAAGCAAUUUAUUACUAAACUCUUUUUAUUACGCCUCUAUAGUGUACAUGAAGCUUAUAUAUGUAGUAUGUAUACUAAGAUCUAAAUAUUAAUAUUUAAAUAUCAGUUUUUAAAGUACAAAAUAUGCUACACUUAUUUGCUUACACCACUCGCCUUACGAAUUGGCUCGAGUCCUUCUCUAAAUCAAUUGUGUAACACGAUAAAAUUAUUGUAAAUAGUGUUUUUAAUCAGUUGGAGCUGGUUUAUUAUGGCUAUGAAUAAAUGUGCAUUCAUAAAAUCUUGAGUUAUCAGAUUUUGUAUCAUUAAUAUUUUUAUAACUGAACUGACUUGAUCUAUGUGCUGUGUUGCUCCAACUUAAUGCUUAAUGACUAGAUUAGUGAGUUCUCUACUGGACAAUAUGGAAUUGUGGAUUUAUAAACAAAAAUGUAAAAAAAAAAAUUGUCGUUUUACUAUAAGGUUCAUGAUUCAUAUCGUUUCUUAUGGUGGAGAUUUAAAAUAAAUCUGAUUGUAAAUACAGAUGUUUGAUACUUUCAACAUGUAUGUCUUGUAUUUUUAUGUAGAAAGUACAUUGGUUUGAUUACAAAGGUUUGAGACAAUGUGUCUCAUGAACUGCAACAUUUCGUCCUAGAAUUAUAUUAUGUAAUAGUUGUAAUAAAGGGUUUGAAUGGAUGGUUAGGCUGAGAUUUCACUAGAAAUUGCCAUAGCUAACAUUAAUGUCCAAUUUUCUGAUGGCUUUGUUUAAUAAUGUGUCUCAUGGAAUGUAUAAAAUAUUUUUUUAUGAAUAAGCCUGAAGGGGGAUCCUGAAGGUGGAUUGUAAGCUAUAGAAUUUUUAGUGAAGCGAAGUCUAGAGAUGGUUACAAAGAAUUGGUGCUUCGUUGACGGACUAAAAGGCUAGGCGGUGAGCGUAGUGACCUUGUUACUUGUGAUAUAUGCUAUGCAUGAUUAAAAACGACAGUUUGUUAGUUGUAAUCACAUGUAUAAUAUUAUUGUUGUAACCGUUUAAGUGUUAAACAUAAAUAGAUGCUCUAUACACAUGCUGUUUCUACAUUUUGUGGAAUAUCUGUUUUUAAUAUUAUUCAAAUUCGGCUUGAGAACUGUCUCAUUUCUGUUAGCAAAUUUCUAUGCAAAAGGUUGACAUAAUUACUAUACCUGAAAUGUUGGUUGUACGAAAUUUUACAAUAUAAUUUAAUACCCUAUAUAAAUUGCAUUAUUUGAUUGAAAUUUGCUCGAUGAGAAUUUACUGUCUCGAAUUGUAUGAGCCACAUGAUCUCAUGGUAAUGUUGGAAAGGAUUGUAUGAUAUUUGAUGUAAAUAUCCUUCCUUUAAAAUGAUGCAAGGCAAUACAUCCAAUGCCUUAUAUAACGGUAAUUGAUGAAUAUUUUGCUAUUUACGAAUUCGACCAAAAAAUGUGGAUAUCAUUUAAAAGAUGCUAAUAAAGUAGAAAUUUUCUACUAAGGUGUUUAUAAAAUGCCAACAUGUUUUUAAUAAGAAGAGAUAUUAUAAAAAAUCCACUUAGGUUUAGUGACCAAAUGUAUUGAAUAAUAUUUUAGUGUUAAAAUUAGUCAAUUUAACUAUUACUGUAAUGAAACGAAAUAGUUUUAGUUUUGUAUGAUAAUUUAUGAUAGAAUUUAUUUACUAACUUUCUAAGUUUUUUUAUUUGUAUAAUUCGGUUGUUGUUGCUACAUUAAUUUGGAAUGAGGGUAGUUAUAAUAGUGUGUAGUUAGGUGGAUCAUACUGGCAAUAACUAUGGAUAAUUCAUGUUGAAUAGAAAAAUUGGUAUAUUUCUAUUUUUAAAUAUCUUUAAAAAUAAUAUACAUCUGUGAAUAACUUGGACAUUGAUGUCCUAUGGCGCUACUAUGUAGCUGAAAUCGCGAUCGAUCUGUUAAAAUUAACGUCCUUCAGGAUCUGUAAUACUGACAAAUCGACUUUAAACAGAUCAAUCAACAUUGGUCAAGGAUUGGAUAGACAAUCAGUGCUGCAUUUUGACAGAUCGAUCAGGACUCCAGUUACGCUUUAAAGCCGCUGAUAUUAAAUGUGUGUAUAUAUUUUUGUUUUACUUUGUCAAUAUAAGUAUCGAUUAUAUGUCUAAUAAAGGUUUUCUGUUACUAUAAACUUAAUUGUAGCAUGGGCAAAAAAUAGUGUUCUACUUAUCUCGUAUUGUUCAUAGGAUAAUAAUUAUGGACGUAUUGAUUUUGUGGUAAAAUGCCGACGCCUCGACACAAUUCAUUAAUUGUUAUUACUGUUGUAGUCGGAAACUCGUGCUGUUUCUUAAAAACCUUAAUUUUGUUGGAUUUUGAAUUCUUUUUUUAGUUUAAAUAUAAAAAUACAUACUUUGUAAGAAGAAUACAUUGUGCUACAUUGUAUGCAUUGAUUUCGAAAUCAGAAUUUUUGCGCCCAUUUUGUCAAGUCCCAAGAUGUCAAAAUAUUUAUUCUCGCCAUAAAUUAAUUAGGAAUCGAUUACGAAACAAACGAGGAUUGGACUGUUACAGUAAUAAUACCUGUAUGUUAUCUCAGCAAUGGUUUUCUGGAAAAACUGCUGUAAUUGUUACUUAUGAUUUAUAAAAACAGGGAACAGCACAAAUUUCUAUAUUCAAUACCAGUGUAAGUUUUUGGAAUUUUUUAAAAUAAAAUUACUGUUAAACAUUUAGUUCACUUUGCCUUCAAACAAAGCUAAAAUCAAUUUGUUUUAUUUAUUAUGAAUGCAGACAGUGAACAUUAUGUUUAAUUAUUACACACAUAAAUCUUGUGUUUAUUAAUGUAGAAAGAGCACACGUAGUAAUAAGAUUUUUAUGUAACAACUGCCUUUUUAAUUAAGCAUCUGUGUUGUAUAUUUAUUGAAAAUAGUUUUAUUAUGUCGGUAACAAAACUCUUUUGUUAAUCGGAACAUAACCUACAAAUUUUAAAUCUAUGUUUUCAUUACAACACUGUCUAUUGAAUGUUUCAAAAGUAUUACUUGUGUAUUCUUUAUGUACAAUGAGCAAGUCUCCUUGAAUAAAUUAAACAAUAUGAAUAUAUAUAUUCUUUUUAAUAGAGCAUAAGCCUAUUUAUGCAGGGUGUUGUUCCGAUUGACUAUAUAUUUAGAAUAACUUGGCUAACUAGCUAACACUGGCAUUUAUAACCUUAUAUUGAAUGAUCCUAUUGCAUUUGGCUGUGACAUAUAGCUAUUAGGACAUUGACUGUUAUAAAUGACAGUUAGCACUGAUAUAUAAAUGCAUUGACUUUUAAAUUGAAUGUGAAUCUUAAAAAAAUUAUUAGUGCUAUUAUUUGUAUAGCCCAAUCGACCCUUAAAUUAUAUAUAUAUAAAAAAAAACCUGUACUCAUUGAUUUCAUCACUCAUUUAAAGUAAAUUAUUUCUUUAUAUUGUGAAAUAUAAUGGAAUUGUUACAUUAUUAUAUUAAAGUUAGUUUAAAAAGAGUUUAAUCGAUUUAGUGAACGUUCCUGAUGAUAGUUUAUAAUAGUAAAGAAAAGAAUAUCUGAUCAAAAUAGUUGUGAGUUGAAUCGAAAUAGUUCUAGUUUUUAGUUAUUUCAGAUUUUAUUUCUUUUCAUGUUAUCAGAUAGCAGCUUUUAGAUGCACUAUUUGUCGUCGCUCAAGUGCCAACUCUUGCUUGAAUUCUUAUGAUCACUAGAUAUAUUAUGAAAUAAGCAUUCGAACGGAUUGAUUGAGAGUUUAACACGCAGUAGCGCAUAUCGUGUGUAAUACAAAAAAUCGAAUUCUGCAUUCACUUAAAAAUUAGUUAGAUUGGAAUAAUGUGGCCUUUUGUUGUUACGAGAUAUGUUGUCUACUAUACCUGAAUGUUUAGUGACCAUUAAAAUAGUUGAUGGCCUGUUUACCUUGACAAUUUGUUAAUAUUAAUAAUUACCAAUAUUUCUUUCUAAGUUGAAAGAUAUUUUUUUGCACCUAUUUAAAUCAAUGUUUUAUAAAAAUUUUAUGAUUUCCUGUUUUACAGUGACCGAUAAAAGUUGUUUAAUAGAUAAAUGCUGUUUAUUCAAAGAAUAAAAAAUAGAAUCGUGAGCAUUUACACGAAAUAAAGUUUCAAUAAAAUCAAAAUUACCUGUGCCAAAAAAUUAUGAAUAUCGUGUAGCGUCGUUUAUGGAUGGCCCCUAACAGUGUAUAUGGUCUUGUCUUGUUGACAUUCCUAUUAUUUUAUCAAAGUCAAAAUGCGAAGUUGCACGUGUUUCACUGUAAUUAACUUCCUUAAGACAUCACCGGAACAUUGAAGUGAACUGUGCUUAAAAAUAUCGUUGUCGUCAGUGUAAAUCUGAAAAAGACUCUAAAUAGCAAAAAACAUUAAUCGAUGAACCAAUAGACUCGGCAAUUAUCAUAUUUGAUAAUAACUAGUAAGUCUAGUAAUAUUUUUCGAAUGGCGAUCAAUGUUAAAUGGAACAGGCGGUCAGUCGUUUUGAGGGUCACAAAAUUUGUGAAUGUGUUCAGUUGCGCUAACGUCUCAUCUACUUAUUUUAAUAUAGUUUGCCUUAUUUCAAUGCGAAUAUUAAUAUAGUCUAAAUGCUUUUCAAAUCUGAAAAAUGCUUAUGGUAUUUUAUUUAAUAUGAGAGCUUAUCACUAAGAAUAAUUAUCACUAAGGAUUUAAUGAAUGUUUAAUAUUAAUAAAUCGUAGAGUUUAAUGAUCGCUCUCUUUUAGCACAAUAUAUUGUUGACUUUAUCUUUUUCGGAACUUAAUAUCAAAAGCUUGUGGAACAUUCGGUACUACAUUCAUGCAGUUAGACACGGAGAAGCAAGCGGGACUUUUUUCAUAUACUUUGAGUACAAUAAUGUAGACAUUAUUCUACAGUAUUUUAUAGCAAAUGGGCUUGGAAGGAUGUAAAUGUACGUUGCCGCCCAUUUUAAGUACCAAGAUAAUAUAAAUCUAUUGCAAUUGUUUAAUGACAUAUAUAGGAAGAUCAAUGGCUGGCGACUUUCAGAGUACUUGGUAAGCAACCGUCACUUAAGUCUGUAACAAAUUUCUAGACCACUAUAGAAUCUUUGAAUUACCUUCUAGAUAAUUUGACAUGAGCAAGUGUCGGAGAGCUAUCGACUUUGUAUUUAUAUUUGAUUAACCCUAUAAUUAAAAGUAAAUCUUGACAAAACACUGAUUUGGUUGACUAUGUCUAUUUAUUUAUCUUUAUACUAGAUUUCUCUGGUUUCUUAAAGAAUACCUUUAUUAUGCGUCAUUUUAACAAAAUUUUGCUAUUUUGUAUUUGCUACUACUUACUGCUAUUUUUAUUGGCAAGGCAGUACAAUGAUAUUAAAUAGCAGUAUGAAAAAUAUGAUAAUCUAAAAAAAAUCGAACAUCGCCUUAUGAAGUAAUUUUUGCUUGCAUGAUGUAAGUAAAUAAUUCCACUAGACGAAUAAAGGAAUGCAAUUUAUUUACUGUGUAAUAAAACUUCUAUAGUGGUUUAGGAUUGAAGUUUUAGUGGACUACAUUAUUGUAACCUAUUUUUGUGGUACAAUGCCGUUUGACGAGAGUAAUCUCUCUAGAUAAACCUUUUUUACGUUUCAACAAUCUCAUCGAAUGUAGUAAAUCUGUGUUAUUUUUAUAAUAUAAAUAGUGUGUUAAAACACGCACUAAUUAAAUUAGAUAAAUGUAUUAAAACUUGUAUGGAACGGUUUUCUUUGUGUGAAAAUAAUAUGAUUUCUAAGAUAAUAUUUUGGGUAAUAGAUUAUUGCUAACAGUGAAUCUUGUUUUGCAUCGCAAGUUGUCCCUCUAGUCUGUAUUUAAAUGUAAACUGGUGCAACGUGAGCCAGUAUUUAACCUAUAUUUUGUCGAAUUCACCUUCGAAUAUAUUAAAGAACUCCUAUAAAAUGAUAAAUGAAGAAUAACCGUAAAAAAUAAUUCGUCUAAUAAAAAAGCUUCAAUAUCGCAAAAUGUGCAAUAGUCUACAAAACAAAUAACUAGAAUUUAGAUGAAAUGUUAACAUUACAAAGACGUCGGCGGUCUAUUUACUUAGGUUUUUAGCUAUUUAUGUAAUGUGCAUUACAUUAAUUCUGAUUAUUAUUUUUAUAUGAGAAGUUCAUUAUUUAAGUUACAGGUAAUUUUAGUGCUAAGACCCAAGGCUGUAUUACCAAGGAGUGUUUUUCCUAAUGAACACCACUGGAUUAAUUUCAUUUUUUGUUUUUAAUAUUGCGUAAAGAUACUCCUAUUGGCCUUAAUAAACUAUGUUCCGAAUAGAAAACAUUAAAAAUAUUAAAAAAAAUAUACAGAGCUUGGUUUAUUAGGGCCAAACAUCUAAGUUGUUAUGUGAAUGUGUGUGUAUGACUAAUUAUAAAAUAAUCCUUUAUUUUGGUAACAAAUUGGUGUUAUAAAUUUUUUGUGAAUAAAAUAUGGUGUCAUUCAGAUGUUUGCUUUUAUUUAUUAUUGUCUUUGCACCACGUAAAUAGUAAGAUAUCAUUAAAAACUAAAGGAAAUUAUCUCUAAUAUAUCAUCUUGGCGCAUAAUGUCCUUUUCUCAAAAUGUCUUUUCUCAGAAUGUCCUUUUUCAAAAAGACGGCGGCUAUCGCUUACUAUCAUAUAAGGUAAUCCGUCUACUCGUCUGCCCCCAAUGAAAUAAACAAAAGAAACAAAAUACUUUUUAGUUAGUCUCUUAUUAUCAUCAAAACUCUUUUGAAUAUAUUUUAAUAACAUGUAUUUAAGAAAUACAAUACAAUUAAGUUGUUUGUUAAAAGUUCAGAUGCUUUAGGGAUAAUGUUAUCACCUAUACAUCAAUAGGGAUAAAUAGUACUUAAUAUCUAGCUGCGCUAUAUUUUGGUAUGCUUUGGUACUUUUUCAUUUUCCUCUUGAUUAAAAGUACUUGCUAUUUAUGAUGGCAUAUAAAAUAUAGCUAUAUUAAUAUAACACAAAUACAAUGAUUAAUAGAAAGUUUUAACUACUAAUAAAACUUACCUAUUAUUUUUCCUUAAGAUAUACGGAAUCCAUCUUGAUCCAAACACUACCUA